AUGCUGGAUAGCACUGAAGAAGAUAUACAUAAUACCGAAUGUCGACUAUGUCGGCAUGAACGACCUGCUCGGGCACAUCAUUGUCGCAAAUGCAAGGCCUGCAUCUUGCGAAUGGAUCAUCACUGUCCGUGGAUUUACAACUGCGUAGGAUUUCGUAAUCAAGGCCACUUUGCAAGAUUACUGAUUUACACUGCACUGUUGUGUACGUUGACAAUUAUUAUGGUUUUUUUGCGUCUAUACGCCUUGAUUUUGGCGAUUGAAACUCCCGAGAAUUUUAACAUCACGCAAGGCGAAGUUAUUAUCACCGGCAUUAAUCUCACAAUUCUUGUUCCUUUAACAAGUAUUAUCGACAUGUUGGCAUUUAAUCAGAUACAGUUGAUUGUGAAAAACAUUACCACAAUUGAAGAUUUGGAUUUGCAAGACAGUGUCAUGAUGGGAAUUCCUACGGUCAAUAUAUAUGACAUGGGUUGGUUGGAAAAUACCAAGGCUAUAUUGGGAUCUAGAUGGUGGCUGUGGUGGAUGCCUCAGGAUAUGGAAGGAACUGGUGUGGUAUUCAACACUCGGGUUUAG